AUGACAUACGCCUAUUUUCAUAUAUCCUUAUCACAGAUUUUGAACAUUCAACGAGAGCGAGAUGAAGCUAUUCUGGCCAACGAGGCUGAAAAACAAGCUCUUUUAUCGGCUUGCGAAAAUGAGCGUGUCACAAUUAACGAGCGACUCAUGUUUGCCCAUAAUCAAGUGAAGUCACUGGAAAGGGAGCUGGAUCAUUCCAAGCGUGAAUUUGAGACCAGGCGAGAAGAGCAAGAGAAGGCGAAGGCUGAGUUGACCCAAGAGCUGAAGGAGUUCCGCAGACACUUCGAAGAAACAUGGUUGGUUCGAACAUCGCUGCUCCAAAAGGAGCUUCACAGUGCUGAGCGACGUAUAAGUGAACUUAAAGAAACGUCAGCAAGCCGGGAAAAGGAGAUUAAACAGGCCAUCGAGCAUGCAAGCUGUGAGCAACGCCGCUUGAUCGAGGCACGUAAUCAACUGCAGAACGGACUAGAUCAAGUCAGUGCGAAUGCAUCUGAACUGCGCACCACUUUGUGCGGAGCGGAAGAGAAAAUCUCUUGUCUAGAAGCCCGAUUGCAAGCGAGUGAGCAGGCUCGAAAGGAGUUGGAUCACAAGCUUGCUGCGAUUCACACCUCACUCCGUCGGCUGAUUGGAUACCGGCAGGACCAACAUCCCGUCAGUAGACAACGACGAUUGGAUGCUCAAUCUCCGGAAAAGUCUGGUUAUGCUCCUAAAAAUCCCGCUAUCACUCAGCAACAGUGUAAAAAGCCAGAUGAAUUAUCAGGAUCAAAUGCAGACUGGAAGUUUCCGGUGAGCGAGAAAGCAAGUGGCAGUUGCUUCACCUCCAACAACACUUUGGACCCCGAUUGCGUACGAAUGGCUCUGCAGGAGUUCGUGCAACGUUACACUAAUGUGAAGCGCGAUCUGGAAGAUGCCAAAGCCGAAGUGACUUCGCUUCAAUCCAGACUUAAGGAACAAACUGAACAAACAGAGCUGUGGUCAAAACGCCUUCAUCAGGUUCAACAGGCCCUUUGUGACGCGGAAGCAGAUAAGAAAGGCGUGGAUGGAAGGUUGUCCAGCACGCAAACCGCACUGAUGUUGCAAGAAGAGGCGUUACGGAAGAACGAACGAGAUCGAAAGCUACUCACGGAAAAAAUCAGCCAGUUGGAAAGACAACUGACAUCAUCGGAAGCAGAACGACAGGAAGAACAGGUAGGUGACCCAAAGGAAGGAAAUAGCUAG